AUGACGACCGCCGCCACGCCCGCCGCGCUUUCAGCCUACCGCACGCUACUCCGGAGCAUAAAGCUCACGUUCGCGAACGAUGCACGGAUGCUCACCGCGGCAAUGACCGAGUCUCGCGACAUCUUCCGCUCGCGCAGUCACGUCUCCGGCGCCGAGCAGGACGAGCAUCUCAAGCAUGCCCGUGAAAUCGCUGAUGUGUUGAGAACAAAUGUUGUUCAGGGGGAGAGGAUAAGUGAAAGCGAGGAGGCUUACAAAUUGAGGAUACACGAUGCUACGGAGAAGGGGGAUAAUGAGAGUAUCAAGAAGGCACAGCAGUCAUUGGGGAAGACACCCGGGUCACCUGGGCCUGGGAAGUGUUGCUCAGCAUGA